AUGCUGUGGCAGACUAACUUCAUGCUGCAGAGGCUUGCCACCCCCGGUGAGAAGGUCCAGCUUGAUGCACCGCCGAUGCCGCAGGAAUGGGGCCCAACCAUCAAGAGCUUCGCUCACGAUCCCGCCAUUCAACCGACAGUCUUCAUCGGCGGCAGGCUACAGGGAAGAUCGAUCACUUCUCCCUACAAUUGGCCUACCACAAACGCAACGCCAGUGCACGAGCGAAAGGCCAGCUUUGCACAUGAAGGCUCUAGGGUUUGGGGCUGUGGGAAUUUGAUGUUACCAGUCUCUGUGUGGCAUCUUCAUGACAACUGUAGACCCUCCCUAAACCCGGACAAUCUCCCCAGCAACAAAAUCCCAAAUCCAGACUAUCAGAAGACUUUUUCGACAACGCAGGGGGUAGGUUUGAACCCAUCUUUCAAGUUCUUUGUUACGCUUAAUCACUAUGUACUGUCUUUCAAACCAUUAAAAAAUCUUUUCAGGGCCCCCAAGCCUACCCCAUGGUUCCUAUAUACCCUCAUGUUUUUAGAGGGCCCCUGA